CCAGUUGUUCGACUUUCCCUGGCUUAUGUCAGAGAAUUUACCAGAAAUUCCGGCAUUUGGCCCGGAACCACGGGGUAUGGGCCGUGCUGAGUCUACAUGCUCGCCCUCCUCCUCCUCCUCGUCCCACUCGUCCGACUUGGGCCCUCAUCUUACAACGAUCUCUUCUCGGCCGGAGUCGGCCUCGCAGCUCUACCCGGUAACGAACACAGCACAGCCAGCUGGUAUGAUGGAUGAUGAUGGUAGCUACGGCCAGCAGGAAAAAUCUCCGCCCGAGCUGUUGGAGGCCAUUGGUCCUGGCAAGGACGCGGUGAACUUAAAAAAAGGUGACGCCGCCGAGACUCCCGUGUUUAUGUCGAUGAUGGGAGCUGCUAUGGCGGCGGCACAGCUCCAGAAUAUGAACCAACAGAUCCAGAUGCAACAGUACAUGUUGUUACAGCAGCAGCAAGCACUCAUUGCUCAUGCCCAAACAAAGCGGAGGUCUGCAAGCACUCCACUAGAAUCAGUUCCACCAUCGAGUUCGCCACUCGCUGGUACUCAGUCUUCAACAGCCCAGUCCCGUCCGCCAACAGGUGGUAUGUCUGGCCAGCUCACUGCAGCUCUGAUCUCAGCUGGUGCCCGCUCGCCUGGAAACUCGGACAACAAUGACGGCGUGAACCAGGCCCUCGAUCUUGGGGUCACCACUCCUAGGAUGGAGAAGUCCCCCGGCAGCAGUGAUCAUAUAACUGGGUCCGAUGUUGGCACUCUGCCGUUGGUGGCACUCGCGGACGACUGUUGCACUCUAGAUGACGAUGAUGACGCCGUCGAGUUGAAGUACGGUGAUCUCACUUUGGAUGUGAGCCCGGACCAAGGACCAUCUGUUAGAAGAGGGGGAGUGGACAGCAUGCCAGGAUAUGGUACACAGGCUUGGCAGCAGUUCCAACAGCUACAAUACAACCAAUGGAGCUACGCGGCGGCGAUGAGCAAUCCGUGGUACUCUCAGGGCUAUCCCGGCCCGAGGGGUUAUGGCCAGGGUGGCGAGAUGAUGACGAUGAGAGGAGAUACCGAGCGGAGUGGAUCGGCAGCUGCUGCAGCUGAGGCGGUAGCUGGGAUCAAGCGGAGGAAGAAGCCCUAUGCAGCGCCCAAGGGGGUGUGGCGUAACAAUGGAGGAUAUAAUGCUACCAUUUACGUUAAUAAGAAGCGUAUCUACGGGCCUGUGCGACGGAACUUGGCCGACGCUGUGUCGGACCGGCGGAUUAUGGAGGACUCAGUAGAUUCGGCCAGGAGUAAGAUUGAGAGGUCGAUCGAGGAAGAGCAUAAGAUCUUCGAGUCUGAUCAAGCGAGGGAGUCGUUCAUUGCAGAGGAAUGCCAUACGAUGAUAAGGGAAGUAGUUGCGAAACUGCGAGCGGAGCGAGGCAGCACUCACAACUCCACCAACCCGGUUUCUCCUGAUCAUCGGCCGCCUGUCCAGACUCCGUUGGUCUCGCAGCGUUACAAAAGGCCGGGGAUUGUACCGUCUCUGGCUCAAGCUGUGUAUGGCACGGCGCCUGCUGUUGGUCGAGUUCCUGGAAAUAUGAUGCCUCUCAUGAUGCCGCCUUACCCGUCUACAGCCUGGUCAAGGUCCGUUGGUAGUGCCAAGACUACUGGCAGCCCGCUGUUGCUCAAGACGAGGAAGCGAGAUCGGUCGGAGGGUCCUGAGGAGGUUGCCACUACUGCUAAGGCGGAUAGUAUGCUGCCCAACACUGGAUUGGCUCAUAGUGUUAUCUUCGGCGGUGGUGUGGGCACUACUAGUAUUGAGAUACCCACUGACCCUUCGGAGCUCACUGAAGGGGUCACAACGGAGCCUAAGCGGGCAAGGACCACCACGCCUGUAACAGCAACAACUUCAUCAUCAUCAACAACAACAACGUCGUAUGUACCCUUAUCGCCUUUGUUCAACCCUGGCUCGCCUCCACUGUCAAGCCGAAUGUUCUCAUCAGCUUUACCCAAGUAUUUGCAGAGCCCCGCAUUCCCUGCUACACAGCUUGCCUCUUCUAGAGGGGCACCCCCUCUCGGUUCUAAUGUUGCUGACGGGUCGAUCAUGGAUGGAGACAUCCAACUGGAGGAAAGUGCUGUUGGGUCUUCAGGCCUCUACCCCAAGGGCAUGCAGACAUCUUUCGGGUUCCCUAUGACCCCAACAUUUUUGCCUUAUCAGACGACACCGGCUGGAACUACUCUUGCUAGCGCGAGUUCAGCUUCGUCAGCUACUACUACUGCUGCUGCCGGGGCUGUUGACUCGGCUACCCCCACCCCGGCACCAUCGACGUUGCGAUCGUUGGCCUUCACUUCUCCUGGUCUUCUACCUGCCCCUUCUCAUGCAGGGGCAACCACAGUAGCUGCUACUGCAUCCUUCUGGACACCGCACUUACAUUAUCUCAAGCAUAGCCCAGCGUUCGCUAGUCAGAGUAGCGCCGCUGCUACUGAAGGUUAACUCGAUGUCAUCAUUAUCUUUUACUGUAGCCAUAUCUCUCAAUACCAAUAUCGUUAUCAGAAUCAUCGUCGUCAUCGUCAUCAUCACUACGUCAGAACGUAAAAUCUCUAACAUUUCGUU